CCAAGUUCGCGGCCAUGUUGAAUUUCUUUCUGACAGUUAUUUUGAGGAUUCCUUUCCAACUUCAAGAUAGCUAACUUAGAAAUUGGAGACCCAGUCAAAUAGAGGGUUGCAUCGAGAGCGAAGCUAAGUCUUAUGGUUUCAUUUGACUCGGGAGAUGGAUCAAGAUGAACGGCAGAGAAAACUCGAGGCCGGACGUGCAAAGCUUGCUAACUAUCGACAGCGGCGUGCGAAAGGUGACGGUGCGAGCACGCAGAAAAAGACGCCGAAGAGGAAGGGCCCGGCUGCACAGAAGAAUGUCGGCGCGGCAGAAGAUCAUCACCUAGAAAUGUGCCUAACGGACGAGCAGGACCAUGGACAGGACGCCAGGACCCCGCCUGAGCACUCUCCAAGGUCCUCUAGUGUGGACAACAGCGAUCAAGAGCUCCAGCAAUGUAGCAGGCUCACGCAUCACACAGACACAGAGAUGCAGAGCUCUGUUUUGGGGGACGGGGCAGCAGCUUACCAGCCUGAGGAAAUGGAGGACCUGGGCAUGAAGAUCAUCCCACACACAGGCAAAGAGCAGCUCAAGCAGUUGCAGUGUGCUGUGGAGAAGAGGAAUGAGAUCAUCUCUCAGCUCAGUGUGAACCUGCAGGUGGCGCUAGAGAGUCGAGACCAAGUGCAGAGUGAGGCUCAACAGCUCACUGAGCAGAUACAGGCUCUCCAGCAGCAACUGCAGCAGGCAAAAGAGUACUUGCGGUGUAAGAGUCAGGGUUGUGCUGAGCUCAGCCAGGCUCAGCAACACGUUGGCCCAUCGCUGCAGAACUUUCAGGACCAGGGGUCCCACGUUGACCUGCUACAGCAGCAGCUGAAGGAGUUUGAGCAGAAAACCAAAGAACAGCAGUGCCUCCUAGUCCAGAAGGAUUCAGUGAUCUCAGACCUUCAACAGAAGUUGGGUGUCACAGAGUCGGGCCUCUCUGAGCUCCAGACCACUUUCCCCCAAAGAGCUUCACCGUCCCCCAGCCUCAUGGACCUUCAAUGCUCCCCAUUACCAACGGGGGCCUUUGCACUCAGCCCAGAAAAAUGCACAGAGUCUGACCACUCAGACCCCCUCAUGGAGAGGCUACAAGCAGAGCUUGUGAAGGAGAAGGACCUUAGCCGACAAGCACAGGAGCGUGUUGAACACUUGCAGCAGCUUGUCAACAGCAUGGAAAGUGAUCGGAGCAGCGUGGAAGCCCAGCUGGCCGUGGUCCAAGCUGAGCUCAAGAGAGCUGAAUCCCACGCACACGAGGCCCAGCAGUACAAGGCGGAGAAGGACGAUCUGAACCGCGAGAUGUCCCGCUUACACGGCUUGGUGGACGAGCUCCAGAACCGUCUGCAUGAGGAGGAGGAGACUGCCCGUCUGAUGCGGUCCAAACACGAGGCGGACAUCUCGAACUACGACCUUCGUCUGCUUACGCUGCAGGAGGAAAGGGAAAUGGACUUGGCCCAGUUGGCUGAGACGCACGAGGCAGCACUCAAACGCCUACAGGGCGAACACGACGACGAGGUCCAGCGGAAGCUGCUUGAGCAAACUCAAGCCCAGGCUGCCCACCUUGACUUCUCAUCCAACCGCAGUGCCUCAGAGGAUCCAAGUGAGCGGGUCGGCCAGAUCAAGGCCUCUAAGGAGCAGCAGAAUCAGGAUCUGGCCAGUGAAGGUGCUGCUAGAGAAGACCUCUGUUUGGACACCUCGGUUUCGGACGACCAGGCGCCUCUCAUGGAUAUGUACCUGACCCACGCAGGCCAGCACAACAGCUCCUGGGCUGAGGAGAGCAUGGAGCAACACAGCUUGCUGGAGACGUCGCAGCAGUUUGAGUUCAACAGCGAAGUCAUGCAUGCAGGCGAGUCCAGGCUGCUUGAUCACACUGAGAAUGCUGCGGAUCUAACCGAAGGGGCCUUGUCUUUACCGGGUGACCUGGACAAUCUGCCAUCGGAGCCUGGUGAGUCAUUUGUCUCUGAGGGUAUGGACUUGGGCAAGGAGUUGCUGAUCCAGCAGUAUGAGGAGCUUGGUGAUCAGCUGGAGCAGAGGGAAAGGCAGCUGGAGAUCCUCCAGGAGGAGGUGCAGAGGUCGGCCGAGGAGGUGGAAGAGGCGAGGGAUCGGUGGAGCAAAGCUUCGGAGGACCUUGAGGCACUGAAGUGGGAGCUGGAGGCGGAGAGGGAUAAGAGGGUCCGGUGCGAGGAGAUCAUCAGCCAGAAGGAGCACGAGCAGGACAACCUGAAGAACAAGCUCAGCUUCCUGCAGAACCUGCAAGAGCAGCAGGAGCUGGAGUACCAGAGGAGCAGAACCAAUGAGGUAGACCAGGAAGGCAAGACCAUCCGCCUCUCCAGCGAUGACCUGAUCAAGGAGCUGAAGGAGGAGAAACUCCAGCUGGUCUUCCAGCUGAAGCUGCAGGAACAACUGGUCAGAGAUGUCCAGGAGAAGAAGCUUGCUGGAGACUCGGUGAGCAGCGACGUCCAGGAACUCUUCAGCCGCCAGCUCUCUGCUUUGCAGGCUCACAGAGACCAGUUGCUGAUGCAGCUGGAAAGCCAGCGGGAGAAGACCCAGACCAACUCGCUGCUGCUGGGGCAGAAGACUCUGGACGUGGACUCUGCUCACAAGGAACUCCAGCAGUUUUCUGCAAAGAUGGAGGAGAGAGGGGAAAAGCUUCAGGCCUUGGAGAAGGAGAGGGCAGAUUUGGAGAGCAAGCUCAAUUGCCUUAAAGAGAACUUGACCAACCUCGAGGAGGCGCAGAGCCAAAUGGUUCUGGAGAAGGCCAGUCAAGAGAGACGCAUCCAGGCACUGGAGGAGCAGGUCAAUAGCAUGGAGAAUGUUUUGGAAUCUGAACUCGAAGACUUCCAGACCCAGCUGGAGGCUAAGGACUCAGAGUUGGAGAAGAUAAAGGUGGAGCAUGAGAAGGCGGAGGAGGAGCGCAUGGAGAAGGAUAGUGCCUGGCUGAAAGAGCUGGAUGCUGUCAGGCAGGCACUUGAGGAGCUCAAGAGGCAGCACACAGAGGAGGUGCAUUCAGCCAACAGCUGCCACGAAGAGGAAAUUCAACAUCUGAAGGAGAAGCACCAGAAAGAGAUGGAUGAACUGGAUGCUGAGUUUGAUGACAGACUAUCGGAGCUCAAAACCUACAUGGACGAGGAGCAGAGAAGGCAAAUCAGCACGAUCAAACAGGUCCACGAGCGUGAGCACCAGAGAGCAUUGUCUCAGAUGUCGGUCGAGCAGAGGGAGUCUCUGGAGAGGCUGAGGGAGGAGCUCACCGGAGAGCAGAGGGAGAGCAUGGAGGAGGCGCACCAGGCAGAAAUGCUGCAGGCACAGGCGCAGCAGAACCUUGAGCUGGAGGCGCUGCGUCUGAGCCUGACCAACAUGCACACGGCGCAGCUGGAGCUCUCCCAGACCAACAUGCAGAAGGAGAAGGAGGCGGCGCUGAGCGAGCUGCAGGCCUCACUGCGGGACAAGUGGGCCCAGGAGAGCGCCAUGCUGCAGGCGCGUCAGCAGUUCGAGCUGGAGAGGGUCCGCGAGCUGACCCGACAGCAGGAGGAGCGGCUCCAGCAACAGCACCAGGGGGAGAUGGAAGAUCUCAAGAAUGAGUGGGAGAAACGACUGUCAGAACAGAAAUCUUCUGCAGAACAGCUUCAAGACAGUCAAAUACAGGAACUGAAGGCCCAGUGGACCCAGGAGGCUGAGAAGACCCAAGCGGACCUCCAGGCCCGUGUGGAUGAAGCCCAAAAGAGUCUGGGUGAGACCCAGGCAGCUCUCACUGAGGCAAGGGCUAACCUGGAGGACCUGCAGGCCUCCCGGGACCACGAGGUCCAGAGACUAGAGCAGGAGCUGGAUCAGGCCUGGGCGGACCGUGACUCAGCUGCCCGUGCUGUAGAGGAUCUGGUGGCCAGUCAUAAGGUGGUGUUACAGGAGGAGCAGGCCCGCUCCCAGCACCUGGUGGAGAGAGAGAAACAGCUGCAGCAGGAGGUGGAGAAGCUGCAGGUGCAGCAGGCUGAGCUGAAGGCCAGCUCUCAGCAGGAGGCGGCUCACCUGUGGUCCCAGCUGGAGGCCAUGAGGAGCAGCCGCCAGGAGCUGGGAGAGUUGAGGGAGCAGCUGGUGGCUCGCUCCAUGCGGGUGGAGGACAUCGAGCAUCUGAAGCAGGAGUUCACGCAUCAGCGCCGUGACCUUCAGGAGCAGAACGAGUCGGAACUGGAGAACCUGCGCACCUACUUCGAGCAGCGGCUGCGCUCCAGCGAGGAGGGCCACCGUGAGGAGAUCGCCCUGCUGCAGCUGCGCCUCAUCGAGGGGGCCCUGGAGGAGUCCGUGCUCAAGUCCGCAGACUCCAGUUUCCUCUCGGAAGGGAAAGCAGAUGAGGAGAAAAAUGACAUGCUGGCAGAGAUCAACAAGCAGCUGGAGCAACACAAGGAGGAGCUGGACUCGUUGCGUGUGCAGCUGGAGCAGAGGCACAAGCAGGAGCUGGACCUCCUGCGCUCCCGCAUGGCACUGGCCCACCGCGAGGAGCUGCUGCAGGUGGGCAACAACCUGACCGACCGCUACUUCAGCGAGAUCCAGGAGCUGAAGAACAAACACGCCAUGGAGCUGGAGCAGCUGCGAGCGCGCCUGUCGGAAAGCCACGUCAAAGAGAUCACUCGUCUGCGGCUGCAGUCGGCUCAGGAGGUGGCUCGUGAGGUGGAGUCUGAGCUGGAGCAGCGCGGCGAGGCCCAGGAGCAGGAGCACCAGGCCCGACUGACCCAGCUGCAGGCAGAGGCCCAGAGGCUGCUGGCGCUGGAGGCCUGCAUGGCCCAGCUCACCCAGGAGCACGUGCAGGAGCUGCAGCGCGUCGCCGUGCAGCAACAGUACGAGCUGCGCCAGGCUGAGCAGAAGCUGAAGGAAGGCUUUGCGAAGGAGCUGCGCGUACGCCUUGAGGAGGCGCAGGCCGAGGAGCGCGAGCGCCUCACCCUGGAGGCUCAGGAGGAGCUGUCUCACCUCCGCACCGAGCUGCAGGCCCAGCUGGAGGAGCAGCGGAGGGCUCUGGAGGGCGAGCUGGCGACGGAGCGGGAGCGUCUGCGGGCCCUGGAGGGCGGGGAGAACCCGCAGCUGCUGGCCCUCAAGCAGAGGCUCCAGGCGCAGCACGACGGCGAGCUCAGGACCGCCCGCAGCACCAUGGCCGCGGAGGUCAAGGAGCUCAACGCCCUACUGCUGGAGCAGAGUGAGGACCGCCUGCGCGACACACACGACAGGUUCCAGGAGGAGAAGGGGCAGCUGGAGGAGAGGCUGGCCCAGGAGAGGGACUCCGCUCUGGGGGAGCUCGGACAGAAGCACCAGGCUGAGCUGGAGGCCCAGAAAGCUGAGCUGGACAAACUGACUGCUCAGAUAGAGCACCUGCAGCAGGAGUGCCAGAGCCUGACUGACAAGCACCAGGCGGAGCUUGAGUCCAUCUCCUCCAAUCACAAAGCAGCCUUGCUGGCUCAGCAGGUGGAGCUUGCUGUCAAGCACAGUGCAGAGUUUGACAAGCUGGAGGCCAUCCUCCAGGAGGCCAAUGAGGCGCAGCUGGAGGCCAAAGAGGUGGAGCUGGAGAGCCGACACGGGCGCGAGAAGGAGAAGCUGGAGGCCAGGAUGCUGGCUAACAUGGACACCCUGGAGAACACUUACCUGCAGGAGAUCCACACUAUCCGUGAUGAGAAGGAGGCGGCACUCGGGGAGCUGGAGAGGCAGCAUAAGGCGGAGGUGAAGCAGUUGGAGGCAGAGCAGCUGUCAAUCACAGAGGAGCUGAGGAGAGAACUAGCCCAGGCUCACAUAGACAAGUUCAACGCUAUGGCAACCAAGCUGAACCAAGCUCAUCAGGCGGAGCUGACGGCAGCAAUGUCCCAGGCCCAGGCAGGGCACUGCUCAUCUCUGGAGGCGCUGCAGCAGCAGGUGCUGGAGCUGGAGCAGCAACACAGCGCCGCCCUGCUGGAGGUCCGAGACAUGAGCAGCGUCGAGAGGCAGCAGCUGCAGCAGCAGCUCAACACGCUCUGCGCCCAGCACCAGCAGCAACUACAGGAGCUGAAAGGUGCAUCUGCCCGUGAGCUUGAGGCUUUGCGUCGGGAGCUGGAAGAGGAGGCGUCCAGGCAGCGCCUGCACUUCGUGGAAGAUGCGGAGCUUUUCAAGUGCCAGUCGGAAGAGCUGCUUCAACAGAGGAUCAGUCAGCUAAAGGAGGAGAGUGAGCGGGAGAGGGAGACUGCAGUCGAGGAGAAAGAGAAGGAGAGGAAGCAGGCUGUAGGGGAGCUGACCCGGGAGCGGGAGGAGGUGCUGGAGGAGCAGGAGGGCCGGCUGAGGCAGGAGCAGCAGCAGCUGGAGCAGAGCUACAAGGACAAGAUGGACCAGCUCACUGUGCAGCUGCAGCAGCUGGACACCGUGGUGGCUCAGUUGCGCAGUGAGGUGAGUGGCCUGCAGGGAGCGCUCCAGGGGAAGAGCAGUGAGAUGUCUACUCUGGAGGGCCUGCUGCAGCGCCGCGAGAGGGAGGGGCAGGAGGGAGACAACCUGGUCACCAUGCUCCGCGACGACCUCACCGACGCCAAGCAACAGAGGCAAGCCCUGGGCGAGGCCAACGAGAGGCUGCAGCACGUGAUGCUGGAGAUGCUGAAGAGCGCCAUGGCGACGGAGGAGCUGAUCAGCCGCAAGGUGGGCGCGUGUUUGACCGCCAGGAUGCCCAGUACAGGGACGGACAGCGGGCUGGAGCACACCACCUCACGGACACACGGAGGCAGCGGAGAUGGACCAGGGACAGCCUCUGUGCCAGCGGUGGAGAGUGAGUGCGGUCCGGACGGCAGCCUGUGGUCUCUGAGUGACGAGGGGCUGGAGCUGUCCCAGCGGCUGUGCGAGAGCCUCUUCGUGGGGGCCGAGAUGCAGCUGGAGCCUCAGCAGGAGGAGUUGCUCCUGGGGGCCGGGGCCCGACUGCGCUCCACCGUGGACAAGCUUCUGGACCUGGUGGACCAAUCCACACAACAGCUGGAGCAAACGGAGCGUUUCAGUCAGACCACGACUGUGGACACUGCUCAGCUGCUGCUGCAGCAUAAUCAGCUCCUGGAGCAAAUGGACCAGGAGGCCGGUCAGAAGAGCCACCUCCAGCUGGAACUGCACAAGGCAGAGGGCCUGCUGGAGGGCUACGUGUGUGAGAAGGCCUCCAUGGAGGAGCGCAUGCAGCAGAAGGAGACGCGGGAGGAGCGCCUGGUGCAGGAGCUGGAGGAGGUGCGCGAGCGGCUGCAGCAGCUGAGUGAGGAGCACGCCCUGCUGCUCCGCCAGAGAGACGCGCUCGGCGCCGGCCUUGGAGAUGCCGAGAAGGGUCUGCUGGAGGAGACUCAGCGUCUGGCGCAGGAGCGCCUGGACGUGCAGCGGCAGGCGGAGAAGGACCGUGGUGGUCUGGCGUCACGUCUGCGCCUGCUGGAGGUCACGCUGGAGGAGCAGGAGAGCCGCGACACAGAGCAGGAGCAGCAGCAUCGAGCCCAGACGGAAGACCUGCAGCAGCACAUCCACGCCCUGGAGAAACAGCUCAAACACCACCGCCAGUUCAUGGACGAACAAGCAGUGGAGCGAGAGCAUGAGAGGGAUGAGUUUCAGCAGGAGAUCAAGAACCUGGAGGCCCAGCUCAAGCUGCCAACCAAAGGGCACAGUACCACAGGCAAAAAGGGCCAAAGAAUAGAGGAGUUGGUUGCUCAGGUGGAGAGCCUGCAGGCCCUCAUCAAAGAUAAGAUCGAGGAGUUCGGCAUCCUGCAGCUGGCCAAGGAGCAGGCCCAGUGCGAUGUGGACGAGCGCAACGAGGAGAUCGACAAGCUGACUGGCCGCAUCCGCGAGCUGGAGCAGGCCCUGCUGUCCAGCACCGACACCAGCCGCGCCCUCACACAGCUGGAGCAGGAGCUGCAGAGGGCCCGCAAGAACCAGCAGGACCUCAUACAGGACAAGGAGGCCCUGCAGCAGCAACAGUACGGCAACAAGCUGCAGAUCUCGGCCCUGCAGUCCAAGCUGGACGAGACCAAGCACCGGCUGCCCGAGAACACCAUUGAGCACGGCCUCCGGCAGGAACUUGACACCGCCAUACAGGAGCUACAGGACAAAGACCAGCAGGUGGAGGACCUGCUUGCGCGUGUGGAGGACGUCCAGGCAGAGCUGGAGCUCAGGCAGGAGGAUGUGCAGCAGCUCAGCCUGCAGCUGGAGCUCCACACCAGAGAGCACCAGGCCCAAGAGGAGCAGCUGCAGGACGCCUUCACUGAACUACAGGACACGGUGAGCGAUCUGCGCCGACGACAGGAGGAGCAGGAGGAGGAGCAGCAGGAGGCACUGCAGCUCCCCGCCGCCCUCCUGGAGGAGAAGAACCAGGAGAUCGACCACCUCAACCAGCAGCUGCUCCGCCUGCAGCAGGAGGUGGAGCUGACCAGAGACAACAGGGAAGUGGAAGAGAAGCAGGCGGAGAUCGAAGAGCUGCAGGUGCAGGUGGAGCGUCUCCGCGGCGACCAGCAGCGCGUGCGCGAGUCCCAGGAGCAGGAGGUGGAGCAGCUGCACGAGGUCAUCCAGCGGCUGCAGGCCGAGCUGGCGCAGCUGGCCCCCAACGCCCACGAGCUCAGCGACCCGCAGGUCGAGAGCGAGGCCGAGAGCGGCGGCACCGCCGCUAGCCCCGAGUCCACCGACUUCUCCUGGAACGCCGGGCCCCACGGCCGCGCCCAGGCCCUGGGCCAGGAGGAGAGCCUGUGCCACGAGCUGACCAGCCACAGCCUGCAGCUGUCGCGCCAGCGGCUCCGGAAGCUGCGGCAGGAGCUGGAAGAGGCGGCCGCCGAGAAGGAGGCGCUCCAGAGGCUGCUCCUCACCCAAGAGGAGGAGUACGCGCUGCAGGUGAAGACUCUCGGAGCAAGCCUGAAGGAGGAGCGAGAGAGGCUGGCAAAGCACCAGUCGGAGGCCAAGGAGCUCAGUGGACUGCUAGAGGAGAGGGAGGCCCAGGUGGAGCAGCUGGAGGCCCGAUCGAGGGAGCUGGAAGACGGGGAGAGGGAGUGCAAGGCCACCCUGGCGGAGAUGGAGGUCCGGAUGAAGGAGGCGGAGGAGAGGAGGGACGAGGCCCUGAGGGAGCUGGAGAAUGUGGGAGUAGAGGCCCAGCAGCGGCGAGGUCAAACCCAGGAGGUGAGCUCCCUGAAGGAGAAGAAGGAGCUGGAGGACCUUGUGCUAGAGCUCCAGAGGAGCGAGGAGGAGACUAGGACCACCACUGAGACGCUGAGGGCAAAGGUCGCUGAGCUGGAGGAACAGGUCCAGGAGGCAAGGGCAAAAGCAGUCACCUUGGAGAUGGGGAAAAGGGAGCUGCACGUGGAGCGGCAGGCUCUGAGACAGCGCGAGGGCCGGCUCCAGGAGGAAAUAGAGAAUCUCAAAGAGGAAGUGAUGUCGAAGAGCUGCCUGGUUGAGGAACUGAGUGAUCAGCUGGAGGACAGGGUGAGCCAGAAUGAGGACACCCAGAAAGAAGUGCUGACGUGCGCCGAGGAGACGCUGGCGAAAGCGGACGCAGCCCUGAGGGAACGAGAGCGCCAGUUCAACCAGCUGAGGGCGGAGCAUGAUGCCCUGAGGGUGGAGCUUGCGACUGUGAAGGAGGGGCUUAGCUCUAGCACUGAGCGUGCAGAGAAACUACAGGAGGAAGGACAGACUAAAGACCGUGCCUUAGCGGACCUUGAGGUGCACAACUCUCGUCUGAAGGCUGAGCUGCGGGGCUUACAGGAGGACCUGGCUGUGCAGGAGGAGGAGUUGGCCUACCAGCAGCGUGAGCUCGAGCAGCUCCGUCAACGCUGCAGCCCCCCUGCGCCGCCACCUCCCCAGCUCGUCUCCUCCACCACCUCCCCCAUCCGUCACACCCACCCUCACCACCACCACCACCUCCACGGUCCCAGCUUCGUCUCCUCCGUCGGCGCCUCCUCCCUUUGCUCGCCGGAGGUGCUCCGCCGGCCAGACGCCAGCAUGGAUGAGCGCGGGGCCGUCCACCUCCACACCAUCUCCCACCUGUCGGAGCUCAGCGGCCUGCAGCCGGAGCGGCGGCUGGACCUGCUGCACCACCGCGGCAGAGGCGGCGGCGGCGGCUCGACCCACUCCUCGCCCUCGCGCUCCAUCAGCAUGCCCCCGCAGCCCGACACGGAGCCCGAGCGGCGGACGGCCAGCAGCAGCAGCGGCAGCAUCCGCUCGCCCACCUCGCUCUGCGCCUCAGACAACCUCUCCAUGCUUGACUCGCUCGACGCAGACAAGAUGGACCAUCUGGACCUGACCUCCUCCAUGCGCUCCACGUCCCCAGGCUCCGCCCCAGAGUGGGUCAGCGACGGCUACGGCAGCAAUGUGAGCUCAGACCUGGGCGCUCGUCUUAAAUUGGAGCUGGAAAACACGGAGCGUCUGGAUGCCCAUUUUGUGGAUUACCUGCGUUACCGUGGCAUCGCCCCGGCUGACAAUGCUGACAGCGCAGCAGGAAGCAUGUACCAUAGUGAUGAGCUGCUUUCACCUGAACUACAGACGCUGCUGAAGAGAGUGUAUCAGGAGAGCUGCCGAGUGCUAUCCCUCUCCCGACGCCCCGUCCCAUCGGGCCAGACGGCCUCUGAUUCGUCCCCACCACCGUCGUGGCAGCAGGAGAGGCGGGCCUUGCAGGAGACUGUGCUGUCACUCAGAGAGCUGCUCUGCAGAAUGGCUGACCGGGAGCCCAAGACGACUGGCAGUGAUGCUGACUGGCGGCAAGAGCUUCUGCAGGCGGUGAGGAGUGUGUUUGAUGGCGAGAGGGUGUGGCUGCACACAGAGCUGCAGGCGUUGCUCUCACACACACCUCACGACCACACACCGCUUAUCAGCCACAUGGAAAAGCUGCUCAGCAAACAGGAGGAGCAGCAGAAGCGUUCCCUGGAGCAGCUGCUGGGCGCCGACCGGAACAGCCUGCAGUUAGAGGUGCAGAGGCUGCAGGCGCAGCUGCAGAUGUGCAGCAGGCAGAGCCAGGAGCGGCUGCAGCAGCUGCAUGCCACACUCACUGCAGCACAGGAGGAGGGAAUGCAGCGCCAGCAGAACCUGCGCAAGCAAGUGGAACAGCUGGAGGUGCAGCUGCAGCAGAGGCAGACGCUGUGUGAUGACCUGCGCAGUCGGCUGCAGCAGGAGCAGAGUCAGGACGAGCAGCAGCGCAGGCAGCUGCAGCACGAACAGGAAGUGACAUCGCAGCUGAGGGCCGACUUGGAGGAGACCAGCCUGCAGCUCCACAGCGCCACCAAGAGUCAGGAGCAGCUCAGGCUGAAGUUGGCGACUGAGGAGGAGGCUGUGAGCCGAGAGCAGGCCAGAGCCCACGAGCUACAGGAACAACUACAGCAGCAGUCGAUGUCCCAGUCUCUGCGCUCCACCAUAGAGGAGCAGUCCUCUCGGCUGGCCCAGCUCGGUGCCGGCCUGGAGCAGGAGCGCGCCGCUGUCUCCAACCUGCGGGGGGAGCUGCGCAUUGAGCGCUCCCGCUGCGAGGCCCUGCUGGCCCAGGAGCGCCAGCGCACCCAGCAGGCCGUGCAGGAGGAGCGCGGGCGUGCCAACGGCCUCUCGGAGGCACUGGCGAGGCAGAGCCAUGAGCACGCCCGGCGCCUGGAGGAGGAGGCGCUCAGACAGGAGGCGGCGACUGCGCACGACCGCGCCUUCAUUGCAGAGCUGCGUGCCCAGCUGCAGCAGGAGAGGGACCGGCAGGAGCAGCUGGAGGAGCAGCUGGCAGCGGCUACAGCAACACACAGCCACCAGAGGAGGGUGGAGGAGGAGCAGCAGACGAACAUGCUGGAGAAGCGUGACAGCGAGGAGUGUGUGCGUCUGCGCGAGGAGCUGCAGCAGCUGCAGGCGCAGCGCGAGGAGGUGAGCGUGAGCCUGCAGGAGGAGCGUGGCCGGGCGCGGGCGCUGCAGCAGGAGCUGGAGGCGCUGCGGGCGAAGGUGAGCGCGCUGAAGGAGAGCGAGAAGCAGAGGGACGAGCAGUGGGAGCGCCAGAGGAGCAGGGACCGGCAGGAGCAGGCCGAGAGAGAGCGACGCCACGACAGGAACAGCCAGAAACUGCUGGAGCUGGAGCUCUUGAGGCAGCGUGAUCAGCAGCGCUUGCAGGAGUUGCAGCACACGUUAGCUGACCUGGAGGUGCAGGAGAAGCAGCUGACGGCCGAACACCUGCAGAGGAGCUCCGAGCUGGGCACACACUCCUCGCAGACCAACACACACUCCUUACAGACCCACACAGACUCCUCGCAGACCAACACACACAACCUGCAUCCCAGCAGACACACCACGGAGCAGCCCAGCCAGUCCGCCAACCACAGCCAGAACUCAUCCUCCUCCUCUUCCUCGGGCAUGAUGGAGCGUCUGCUGAGGGAGAACUCCGAGCUGUCGGAGCGUCUCACCCAGCUCAGCGAGGAGCGCGUCUCCCUCAAACACACACUCAGCUGUCUGGAGCGGGAGCUGCACUCGCACAAGCGCAAUGAGCAGGUGAGAUCAUCAGGCGAGACUGCGUGGCUGAAAGAACGUGCCAGCCUGCAGAUGGCAGUCCGCUCCGCUCAGAGCCAGCUGGCCAAACUCACCGCUGAGAUUGAGAACAGACCGCUGCCUGAGCCCUCAAACAGCAAGGUGCAGCGUCUGUAUGAGCGGUACCUGCGAGCGGAGAGCUUCCGGAAAUCUCUGGCCUACCAGAAGCGCUACCUGCUGCUGGUGCUGGGCGGCUUCCACGAGUGUGAGCAGGUGACCCUGGCGCUCAUCGCCCGCAUGGGGGCGCACCCCUCCCACAGCGACCUGCGGGCCGCCGCCUCCCUCCGCUCCCGACCAAUCAACCGCUUCCGGGCCGGCGUGCGCGUGGUCAUCGCCAUCUUCAGGCUCAAGUUCCUGACCAGGAAGUGGCAGAAAGCCAUCAGGAAGACUGGAAUGAGCUCCACGAUGGUCAACGGACACAAACCCACUGGCACUAGCUCACUGUCCACCAUGAGGUCUGAGGUCCUGAGGCCGCAGCAUCCGAGCUCUGCCUACAACUCCCCGCCCACAAAGGACCCUCCAACACAGAAGAGUGGAGUCGCUCCUCUGGUGCCGCCAAUCAAAUCCCAGCUAAUAACGCAGAACAGGAUGUAUGCGAGCCCUGUGCUGUUGCAGACAGAGCGCUCCCUCUCUGCAUCCCAGGAUGCCGAGCGCUCGCUCACUGAGUACAUCCAGCACCUGGAGACCAUCCAACAGCGGCUUGGGGCUGUCCGUCCAGUCAGCCCGGGGGAGAGCGGGAGACACGGCCACGGCAGCAUGGCUCACAUGAUGGGUCAGAGGCAGAAGUGGCUGAGUGACAACAGGGGCGGGCUCUAUUUCAGCUGCCUGUCGCCUGCUUACAUGCUGCCGCCCGGAUCCCCCUCGCUGCCUUCAUAUCCGAGGAAAUCCGACCGCUGAAGGAAUGUUGCAUUUUAAACCGCACUUGUGCCAGUGUUUGUCAUGUUCCGUUUUUGUAUCGUAAUCGCCGCCAUUUCUGUGUUUUUUUUUUUUUAAUAAAUAAGAAGACAUUUUUAAUUGCUUAAAUUAUUCUUUUUUCAUUACUUUCAGUUGUGAUUUUUGUAUUGUCUUCACAAAAUCGAUUAAUACACUGGUUUCAUUUGAAUGUGCUUGAAAUAGUGGUCACUAUUUUUUUAAAUAAAGUUUUUAUAUACAUUUCUAUCAUAUGCUCUGUACAAAUGUUUGCAUUCUGCUAUUCUUUAUAUUUGUAAUGUACAUUUAAGAAAGUUGCACUGGAAUCGGACACACAAAGAAGCGUGAAGUUCUGAUAAACUGUUUUUCUAAGUGUUUUGUUUUUUAUUUACCAACAUUUCUACAAAAACAUUAUUAAAUAUUUUAUUCCAAAUGCAUACCACCAA